UACGUAGCAGGAAAACCCAGAAACCGGAAGUAAGCGAUGCAGAACCAGUAGUCUAGUAGUUAGUUGUGUAAUUGUUUACAAGAAAAAUUACUUCUUUCAGUAUGGGAACUACGGCAAGUAAACUCGGGAAGGAUUUGCUGUCAGAAUACCAAGAACUGACAUUCUUGACAAAACAAGAAAUUCUUUGUGCUCACAAGAGAUUCACUGAACUGCUCACUAAAGAUGAGAAGGACCUUCCAAAUGCCAGAGUACCAAUGGAAAGGAUCCUUACUCUACCUGAACUCAAGUCCAACCCAUUCAGGGAACGAAUCUGCCAUGUAUUCUCAACAUCUGAAGAUAAAGAUGGAAGCCUCACAUUUGAGGACUUUCUGGAUCUUCUAAGUGCCUUCAGUGACUCUGCUACUCUGGAAAUCAAAUCCCACUAUGCCUUCCGUAUAUUUGAUUUUGAUGAUGAUGGAACCCUUGAUCGUGGUGAUCUGGAGAAGCUGGUUAACUGUCUGACCGGGGAGACAGAUGACACGAGACUAACACCUGAGGAAAUGAGACAGCUCAUCAGCAAUAUUCUUGAAGAAUCAGACAUCGAUAAAGAUGGAACCGUGAACCUCUCAGAGUUUCAGCACGUCAUUUCAAGAUCACCAGAUUUUGUCAGUUCUUUCAAGAUAGUGCUGUGAAGAUGUCUGACAGGCAGUGGAAAUGCAUCACCCUUUAACUCUCAACUAUGGUUUUUAAUUUUUCAUUUUGAUUUGUGCUUAAAUUAUAGUUACCUGUGGAUUUUCGUGCCUUAAACAUUCUCUGUAUUGUUUGUUAAAUAUAA